AAACAAAUUUUAAAGGUGGCUCUGUUUGUCUCUGCUCAGCUUCACAAGUGAUACCUGGAGCAGGGCAAAGAGGGGACGUGAGGGGAAGGAUUAAGAGGUAGAGAAGGGCUCUAGGAGCCCAGUUGGUGCUGAGGGGCUGAGGGGAGAAGAGAUGAAUUGGGAGACAGACUGCAGGGUGGGGGGAGCGAUCCCCGAACCCUGGGGUCCGGGUACAGCCGCCUUCGGGCCACUGCAGCUCGCGGGGGCGGCCAGGGCAUCAGCUGUUGUCAUCCCUUUCCACUGUCCUAAGAAGGGGUGGUCUGCGCCUCCAGAGACCCCUCCUCUGUCCAGGAAGCCGCGGAAAGCCCUCGCGCUGUUCCCGGCUGCUUCUAGUCCAGUUCCUUGAAAUGUGCUCGCUUCUGUUCUGAGAGCUCCUACUCAUCCCCCGAAACUAUACCUAGGCACCUUCUCCCCGUAAAGGCUCCCCCGUGACCCCGGCUGCCCCCGAUCUUGUCCCCCGACCAGGCUGUGAGCUCGGUGCCUUCCAUAAACACUAACAGAGCCACCAAUUGGCUCUGGAGUCAGGGAGGCUUGAUCCAGAGGCCGACCCACCGUGCCCCUCUUGACCUCGAGAUGGGUAUCCUAGUGGAGACGGCCGACCCGGGCUCAGCAAGCCUGGGCUGAGGGUCUCGGCGGGGAGCGGGAGCGGGCGCUGGGGCGGGGUCUCUGUGAGGUCACAGAGUGGAGCCCUGCCCCGCCGGGACGCCAGGGGGUGUGGCCCUGGAGGGGCGUGGCAUGGCCAGGAGCCAGGGGGUGUGGCCCUGGGGCGUGACGGGGAUUGGCGGAACCCGGGCACGUGGGCGGUGGUCCGGUCUCCAGGGAAACCUGACUCUUCUGCACCCUGAGCGGUGCAGAGACCAGGCUGGCCGGCGCGGCUGCGCUGCGUUGGCCACAUCCCCGCGCGGGCCCUGUGCGGUCGGUGAGAACUCUCUGAGCUUCGGUUCAAAGAGGAGACACAUGGAAUAUCGUUAUUCCUUGGUCCCACAUGACGAGGUCCCAGAGGUUGGCAAUUCUGAAAACCAAGUGGAGGAGGGCGGCAGCGUGCCUGCGGCUGCCGGCACCCUAGAGAGCUCCAUGCUCGGCGCCAAAAGGCUCCUCCCGGAGGCCCCAGAGGAGGAAGAGGAGGCUGAGGGCCCGCUCAAGGAGCAGGACCUGAAGGGGGCCUACAUCCAGCUGGUCCAGGGCAUGCAGGAGUGGCAGGACGGCUGCGUCUACCAAGGGGAGUUCGGGCUGGACAUGAAGCUGGGAUACGGAGAGUUCUCCUGGCCCACGGGCGAGUCCUACCACGGGCAGUUCUACCGGGACCACCGGCAUGGCCUGGGCACCUACAUGUGGCCGGACGGUGCCAGCUUCACGGGCACAUUCUACCUCAGCGCCCGGGAGGGCUAUGGCGCCAUGUGCCUGAAGGAGAGGCUCUUCCAGGGGCUGUACAAGGCAGAUGAGCGAUUUGGACCAGGCGUUGAGACCUACCGGGACGGCAGCCAGGAUGUGGGGCUGUGGUUCCGUGACCACCUCAUCAAGCUGUGCGUGGAGAUCCCCAGCAGCCUCUCUGUCCACAGCUACCCCGAGUUCUCAGGCUUCCUGACGCACACGCCCGCCAAGGUCACCCUCGCGGAUGAGGAGAAGAUGGACUGGGGCCUAGAGGAGGGGCGGGACCCGUUCUUCUACGACUAUAAGCGGUUUCUCUUGAAUGACGACCUCACUCUGCCUCUGGAAAUCUAUAUCUACUCGACCAACAAUAGCCACCUGCCCAUGACCUCCUCCUUCCGCAAAGACUUGGAUGCCCGCAUCUUUCUGAACGACAUCCCUCCGUUUGUUGAUGAUGGAGAGCCCUGGUUUAUCAGAAACGAGACCCCUCUGAUGGUCAGAAUCCAGAAGCAGGCUUACAAGUUCAGGAACAAGAGGGCUCACAGCAGCUGGAACAUGGAUGCCAUCCUGGAGGGGCGGCGGAGUGGCUUUGCACGCCAUGGGCCCAAGGAGCGGCUCUCCAAGGAGAUGAUCCUGAAGGCCCAGGAAGGGAAUUACGACUGGAUUUACGGGAUCCUGAGGGACAACCUUGCCAGCCCCGACGUGGCCGAUGCCAAGGGCUACACGGUGCUCGCCGCCGCUGCUGCUGGCCCCUCCCUGCAGGUUCACUGUCACAUUGACAUUGUCAACCUCCUGCUUGACAACGGGGCCAACGUGAACAAGUGCACGGACGAGGGCCUCACCCCGCUGAACAUGUGCUUCCUCCUCCACUACCCAACCGCGUCCUUCAAGCCCAACAUCGCCGAGAGGACGGUGCCCGAGCCCCAGGAAGCUUCGAAGCCCGUAACCACGACCCAGCGUUCCUUGUCGAUCUCGGAAUCACCCGUGGAGCCGGUGGUUCUGGAGGAGCCGGUCAUGGCACCGGGCGGCCCGGAGCGGAAGCAGUCCUCCGCCAGGCCGAACAUCGCGGACAGCCGCCGCGGGGCUCAGGAGCGGGGCUCCACGUCAGGGAGGAGCAGCGCCAGCGACUCAGAGCGCUCUCGGGCUAUGGCCUCGGGGACGCCGGGCCGGAGUUCGGCCUGCAGCAACGACUCGGACUUCGAGUCUGGCCGGGCCAUGCACCAUUUCCGCAUCGACCUGCCGCCGCAGCUGCUGGAGUGCGGCGCGCGGGGGCACAGCCUGCUGCAGACCCCGGGCGCCGGGCCCGCCGAUCGGGGCACCAUGAGGAGGAUGGCACUGAGCAUGGUCCAAGACAGGCACAGGUGGGCGACCAUCAAACUCCUGCUGCACCGCGGCGCCGACCCCAACCUGAGCCGCGUGCCCAUGCAGGUCCUCUUCUUCGCCGUCAAGGCUGGGGACGUGGACGGGGUGAGGCUGCUGCUGGAGAACCGGGCCAGGACGGACAUCCAGUUCCCGCCAGAGCUGGGGGCCCUGACCCCUCUCCACAUCGCAGCUGCCCUCCCUGGGGAGGAGGGCGUCAAGAUAACGGAGCUGCUGCUCCACGCCAUCACUGACGUGGAUGCCAGGGCGGCCGACCAGGACGAUGUGUACAAGCAGGCUAAGCUGGACCUGCUGCCUUCCAGCCUGAAGCUCAACAGUGAAGCGGGCCCGCCCAGCAUCUACUACAGCAGGUGCACGUCAGUCCCCGACGAGGGGGGCAGGACGGCCCUGCACGUGGCCUGUGAGCGGGAGGACAACCACAGGUGCGCCAGGGACGUCGUCCGGCUCCUGCUGGCCCACGGAGCCAGCCCCAACUUGCUGUGGAGUGGCCACUCCCCGCUCUCCCUGUCCAUCGCCAGCGGCAACGACCUGAUUGUGAAGGAGCUGCUGUCCUGCGGAGCUGACCCCAACAUGCUCCUGACCAAAGGCUUGGGCAGCGCCCUGUGUGUCGCCUGUGACAUCAUCUAUGAGAGCCAGAGGAGCCUGGAGAGCAGGCUGGCCCUGAUUGACCGGCUCAUUAAUUACGGGGCUGACAUCCUGAGCCCUGUGACACUUUCACAGGGGGACAAAACAGCUGUGGGCACAGCGGUGGACUAUGGGUACUUCAGAUUCUACCAGGACCGGAAGAUAGCCCACUGCCCCUUCCACAUGCUGAUGCCUGCAGAGCGGGAGACAUUUCUGGCCCGGAAGAAGCUCCUGGAAUACAUGGGCCUCCAGCUGCGGCAGGCCGUCUUUGCCAAGGAGGGCCAGUGGGACCUGAAGGUGUUGCAUCUGAGCAAGCGAGCGGAGCUGGCCCCCUGCCUCCGGCUGAAGCAGAAGGGCACCGGCAUGCCCAAGGGGCAGGACUUGCUGGGGCAGGAGCAGAUUCCCUUCUUCAAGUUCUGCUACCAGUGCGGCCGCUCCAUCGGGGUGCGCCUGGCACCCUGCACCCGCUGCUAUGGGAUCCUGACCUGCAGCAAGUACUGCAAGACCAAGUCCUGGGCCGACUUCCACAAGAAGGACUGCAACGCCCUGGUGGCCAUCGGGAGAAUGUACCCAAUGGCAUUCAUAAAGAAACCCCUGAAGCAACUUGGCAACGAGCCCCAGGGGUCUGAGGCCCUGAAGCCCUCAAGCAAGUCGAGGUGCUGCAUCUCAUACUCCACCUAUAGUCACGAGUGAGUGUCUGGGUGCCUCGCGGACUCCACAGGGCUCUCAGAGCCCCCGAGGCUUCCUCCUGGCCUGCCAAGGGAAGACGGCCUUCACAGCGACCUUGGCCUCCGGGAGAAGCUGGGCCAGUGGGCACCGAGGCCCGUCAGGACUC